AACUAUUUUUUUAUUAUUAUUCUGCAAAUAAAAUAAAAACAAAAACAAUGGAAGUUAAGUAGUUUUCUCUCUGUUACUCAAAUGGUCACACUUUCCACAGCCUUUCAUGGCUGUGCAGUCGCCGUUGAAUCCAAAAUACAAACUACAAACUCCAAACAACACCCAACCCCACGCACUUUCCCCAUGUCUCUCCCUCUCUCUCCAGACACUACUCCAAUAUAAAGCCUGCAUCCACUUUUCUUCACAUUUGUCCUAGUCGCAGGUGAAAUAACAAGAGCCAAGAUCGAGAAAAAUCAAAAAAUGCCGAGCACUAGUCUAGGAAAAAACCUCCAUCUCUGCUUCUCCAAGAUCAGAACCCCUCUUGAAACCCCAGAAGACGAUUACCGCCGUCCAUUACCCGCCGCCACCACCGAUGCCGCCUCCACCUCCGCCACCGCAUCUAUUCUAAUCAAGAACUUCAAUUCUCUCUACGAAAACAGCGCCGACGACCCGGCCUCCUCGACCGACUACGACGUCCCCGACACCACCCCAGACUUCGCCGCCAUCUUCGCCUCACAGCGCUUCUUCUUCUCCUCCCCCGGCCGGUCCAACUCCAUAAUCGAGUCGUCGCGGCCGGAGCCCGACACCCUCGUCGGCGGAAGCGUCGCCAUCCCCACGUACUCGCCGGAUCCGUACAUGGACUUCCGCAGAUCCAUGCAGGAGAUGGUGGAUGCACGGGGGCUGAUGGACGUUAAAGCUAAUUGGGAUUAUCUUCAUGAGCUUCUGUUGUGCUAUCUCGCUCUCAACCCUAAGACCGCCCACAAGUUCAUCAUUGGUGCGUUUGCAGAUCUUCUCGUCAGCCUCAUGUCAGCGCCGGAAGGCGGCGCCGACCAAGAACGGGAUUUCGCCGGCGGCGGGUGUAAGAUCUCGCGGCAGCUGUUCUGAUGUUGCGAUAUUGUGGUUACCUGUGAGGUGGGGACUGUCGGGAAAUGAGUAUGUAGUCUUCUUCUUUCGAGUUCCAAUUAUUGAGCAAUAUAUACAUACACAUAACUUACUGGCGGGGGAACCCAAUUAGGAAGCAAUUGGCUGCCCUUUAUUUGUCUUUUACCAUAUGAUCUUAUCCGUUCGCAUUGUCAUGUUUUGGACCUCACCUUGAUGCUAUUCCAAUUCCAAUUAUGUUUUCAAUUUGCUCUUUUAUGUGAAAUUUAAUUCUAUUUAUAGAACAAUGUAAUAUGAGUAAAGAAGAGAAGUGCAAUGUUGCACUGAA